AUGAAGUGCGAAGACUUCUCCCACCGUCAAGAGGAAGCCCCAGAUAGCCCGCUCCUAUGUCCACCUAGCUUGGGUGUUUUGACCGGAAUCCUAAUGAACGCAAUAACUGGUCUCCAAAAUGUUGAUAUUGAAUGGGCAGCUGGCGAAAAAUUCUGCGAUUUGGAGUACGCUGAAUUCGCUGUUUGUCUGUCCGAAUAUACGGAGGACGUGCAAAUUGUGCUUGACAGAAUGACGAGUCAUACAGCUUCGUUGGUAUGCACUUUGCGCCUUCGAAGAUGGUCAGCUGACAUUGACUGCUCCACGGACCGUUACGUGACCAACGAUGGUAGCGUACUUAAGGCGAUAAUUGCUCGCAUUUGCAAGGUUCGAGCAGAACACAGGACUCAAACACCUUUGGUGACUCCGUAA